AGAGGUACACCAGCUGGGCCGGCGGAGCGCGUGCGGUCCCCUGGCCCGCAAUGCAUGGCAGCGCGGCCUACGCGCACGACGUCCCACCGACGCCCGCCGCGCCAGCGCGCCCCGUCCGAUGCCCAGCCUCGACGCCCACGCGAUCCCGACCGCGCCCGCUGGAGAGUCCGGUCGGGCUGCAGCAGACCGCAGCUGAGAACCCCUGCACCAUGAAGCCACGGAGGGCCCUGCUUCAACCAACAACAUGGGUAAUGGCAUGAACAAGGUGCUGCCGGGGGUGUACAUUGGCAACUUCCGAGACUCCAAGGACCCCGAGCAGCUCCAGGCCAACAACAUCACGCACAUCAUAUCCAUCCACGACACGGCCAGGAAGCUGCACGAGGACAAAGAAUACCUCUGCAUCCAGGCGUCAGACACCCCCGGCCAGAACCUGUCGCAGUUCUUUUCCCAAUCCAAUGACUUCAUCCACCACGCUCGAAUGGAAGGCGGCAACGUCCUCAUCCACUGCCUCGCAGGGGUGUCUCGCAGCGUGACGAUCGCCGUGGCCUACGUGAUGUCCGUGACCAGCCUUAACUGGCGUGAGGCACUCAAGGCCGUGCGUGGAGCCCGGAGUAUCGCGAACCCGAACUUCGGGUUCCAGAAACAACUGCACGAGUACGAGUGCAGGAAACUGUAUGAGGAGCGCAAGAGGCUACGGCAGAAGUUCCCGCGCGAGAGCUUCUGUGAAGACGAGCAGGAGUGCCGCAAGCUACUCGCGGCCUACCACAACUCGGUGCGGCCCCUGGAGCCCAGUCCGAGCAUCUGCCGGCGUUCGGGCACCCAGGGCUUGACACCACCCUCGUCGCCCCGCAGGCGCCGCCACCGCAGCCCGUCUCCGUCGGCCGGCCCCUCAACGAGCUACGCCAGGCCGCCCUGAGAGCGGCCCGGACACCCGACGGGUGGUUGCAGCUCGCCGGGCCAGCCUGGUUCACACGGGUGGCCAUGCUCCUUCACCUGCACGUUUGACCCGCGUCAUGCAUUGCUACUACCCGCUAGGAAGUCAGUCUCGCCCCAAUAUGGCGGCGCAGCGGGCUCAGUGUAUGUGUCGGAGGACCCAUUGAGCGAAACUGAUGCCUUCUCUGUUCAUGGCCGCGCUGAAUUCGCGAGAGGUCAAGCUGUUCGUCCGACCAAGAAAAAAAAACUGGAAAAGAAACGGAGGCGAUUUAGCGUACAAGCUUUGGCUGCCGAAGUUACGCACAAAAGCGUUUUGAGAUAAAUUAAGUGUAAGAUGAAAAUGAACAAACGAGUAGCGUCGGACGAAAAGCGAAGGCCACUUCUUUUUCACUGUGGCCAUGUUUCAAUUUUAUCGAACUACCGGCGAAAUCGAAACCCCCGGGAAACGCGACGUGCUCGCCCUUCCUUUUUGUUCCUUGGUGUGAGGAAGGAAUUCGCAUAUGCUUUGGCUAAAACAAACAGAAAGCGCGAUAACUGCGUUAUGUAGAACAUCAUAUUUUUGUAGUAUAUAACAUAAAGCUUGAUAGCAGUGACGAGAGAAACGACUAUCUGUUUGUAAUAUUAGUUUCCUUGCUAAAAGCGCUCCAAGCAGGUCGCUUUCUUUAUUGUAUUGUGUGCGCGUGAUAUGGUUGUCUCCCUCUUGAUUAUAUUCUAUUCUGUAAGCGACGUGGUUAGUCUGCAGGGGUUAAUGCAGCUGUCGUAGGUCAAUGAAUGUCGAUCAAAAUAGCGUGUUUGACACGGUGUGGAUCUACGCGAAUUGAGAAUGUAGGAACCGGAAAAUCAGUGCUCAAAACAACGACGAAUGACGUGGACAGGUUGGCGUCUUGCGCAUCCGAUUAGGCGCAAGAACGUUGGUUCAGAGUUUUAUUUAGUGCUGUUUCAAGUUCCCCUAGUUGUUCAUGGUUGUUACGAAAACAUAGCAUACGUACUAGCAAUGUAGCUUGUUUCAACGAUGACCAUCGUUUUGAAGUAGAUAGCAAAGAUUGUUCUCAUGGCAGGCAAAAUUAUAUCAAAAAGGUGCUUAGCAUACCUCACCUGCUUGAAAGAGACGCUUGUUGUUGCUAGGAGAGCAAAAAUAUGUGUUGUGACAUGUUCCACUGACGUAGCUCACGCCGCUCAUGGGAGUUCGGUUGAUGUCAAAUCUUGUGGUGCCUUUCUUGUUCGAGACUGCCUCAGUGUUGUUGGUUCGUUUAUUGGCAGUUACCGCUGAGUUGUAUGAUGUUAAGACAUGUUCAAGCGGUCGUACGUGAAGGGUGUCGCAAUGUAGGUUGACACCCAUGUCGGUGCACGGUCAAAGACACUUUGGGCUGCGCACGUACAACAACCGUCCAUACCUUAUCGCGCGUAUCCUUCCUUGAAGGUAGAAGAGGCAAGUGAUAGGGGUUGCCUUUGUGCUCAGCCGUGAGAAGGUGCAAGAGGUUGGUGAAAAUGUAGUCGCAUCAAAUACGAGUGCACAGACUCAAGAAGAGAAGUGCCAGAAAUUCGACUGGACGAGAUUAAUGACACGCCACGUAGAUCACCAUGACAUAACAUAUAACGUUAUAAGGCUGCAGCCACAAAAUAAGGAAAGGGAACAAAACUCAUAUAUUUAAUAAUACAAGAAAUGACUACGUACUCAUAAAGAGUGACAAAAUAACUCGUGGGAAACGCCACUAAGUGUACGACAGCUCGACAGCAUUCGCUCUAACUCUACUCGUUGCACAUUUUACGAUGAUUAAAACACAAUAUCUACAGGCCCCCGCGAAGCUAACGUACUCAUUUUCCUGGAAUCUGGAAAAUUCGCGUGUUCCUUUGGUGAUUUGCACAUCGUUAGGAUGAAAUCAUUGUGUCAUGCAGUUAUCUAAGCAUUUGCGCGAGGUCUAGACCUGAAUCCAAUUCUUAUCGCUGGGACUGCGGUACCUGACAACCUCUUGCACCUACUCUCGCGCCUGAGAUUUGUGUGUGCAGGUCCAACGAGUAUAUUUGUUUGUAUUGUAAUGAAGAAGAUAGCACAAGCGUCGCUGCGGUCGCAUGGCUCCUGAAGCGAGGAAGACAAAGACCAAAGGAUCGAUGCUGCUGCGUUCCUCGCGCUGGCGCUGGCGUAUCCUUCCUUGAAGGUAGAAGAGGCAAGUGACAGGGAUAGCCUUUGUGCUCAGCCGUGAGAAGGUGCAAGAGGCUGCUCUCUGCGCUGUAUCCAACGUGACUGGGAUUCUUGCUAAGCCUCAAUAAACCCCGUAGCAUUUGGUGGAGGUGCAAGGUACCCUAACGACUCGCCCUUGAACUCCGGAGGCGCGCUCUGCCCGCCGAUGCCGCCAAGGCCAUGCCAGACGAUGCCGGUGAGCAACCCACUUCGUCAACUGGACCAGUCACCUGCGGUGCCGUUCGCCGACAAGACCCAGUUGUAUUCAGUGGCACCGCUGGUACUGACGUCGACGACUGGCUUUCGUCGUACCAACGGGUGAGCAACCACAAGUGGGACGAUCCGACAAAACUCAUCAACGUUAUUUUUUAUCUUGCGGAUGUCGCCAACCUGUGGUUACGAAACCAUGGGGCAACUAUUGCGACAUGAAAUGACACUGCUUUUGUGGAGUAUUUGGCCGUCCGGCUGUGCGAAAGCUUCGCGCCGAAUGCCUCCGCCAAAGAGCUCGACAGCCUGGCGAAAUUUCAUUAGUUAUAUCGAAGACGUCAUCGAUCUCUGCAACCGAGUGAUCCAAACGAUGACCGAGGAAGAUAGGAAUAAUCCUCACGGGCUUUGAAGACGACGCUUUUCAAAUGCUCCUGGCUAAGAAUCCUACCACCAUUGCAGCCGUGGUCACCUAUUGCCAAAGCUUUGACGAAUUACGCCGGUAACGAGCGCUCGCCCGCCAAGCUGUUCUUCACGUGGCCUCCCUUUCCAGUGAAACUUUAUUUGGGCCUAGUUGGUACAUAAUUCUGAACUUGAACUUAGGGGUCUUAGGUGUUUGCGCUGUAAGUUUAAGUCCCUUUCCAGUUUGGCAGCUGCUCCCGGACAGAAUGAUGACGGUCUCUGCUGCCUCAAAUCAAAGCCUUCAUUCGUGAAGCGAUGGCCAGCCAGCUCUCGCUGCUCCUUCUCACCCAGGCGAAUGCCCAACCUUUGUCGUCGGCCGUGCAGCAGUCCAUCCGCGAGCAUGUUGCAGAGCCUCUUCCGCCAGUCCACCAGCAACCUCUGGUUACGGCACCGCUGACGUACGCGAAAGUCACGUUGCGUCCUAGACAGACGGCGCUCCUCUAUUCGACGCCACAGCUGCCCUACUCGACGCGGCUCUACUCCCUGCGCCUCAAAUGCCUCCUCAGUACAUCUGGCCGCGAGGUCCCUGGCGCACGCGGGACAACAAGCCGGUAUGCUCUGCCUGCGGUCUCGCGGGACAUGUGGCACGCUUUUGCCGUUGCCCGCUGCCGCGUUCGGACGACAUCCCUGAACCGCACGUGACUGCAGCCCACCAGGAUGCUGAUUCUAACCCAUCGCCGAACUUCUGAACCGGUCGUCAGAACUUCAGCAGCCGUCGUUCACCAUCACCGCGUCGCCGUUCGAUAUCACCGAUGCCUUGUCGCCCGCCUUCCAACGAGUGAAACUAAGUGCCGCAGCUCCGGAGGCAAGAGCUGCACGCUUGUAGAAAUGUCCAGUACUCUGCAAUCACCGCAAAACAUUAUAGAAAUAAAGGUUUAAGGUGCUGCUACAAUCUCACUAGUCGACACGGGCGCUACGGGGUUUGUUGGCGGUUAGCGGGAACCCGGUCACGUCGGGUCCAGCGCCAGAGAGCAGCCGAGCAGUUCCAACCAAGCGCCAGCACGAGGAAAGCAGCGAAACCGAUCCUUUAGUCUUGGUCUUCCUCACUUCGGGAACCAUGCGGCCGCAGCAACGCUUAUCUUCUUCAUUAUAGUAUGUGUUUUCGUCAAAAAAAAAAUACGAGCGUAGAUGAGACAAAUGAUCGAGAGAAAUGCGAAGAGUGAGGGCCGUUCUUUACCUGAAAAAGGAAAACGUUUACCUCAGCAAAAUGCUGUCCUGCCUUGUCGCUGCGACGGUGUGUCUCAAAGAGUAUUUGUUCCGUUGCACUCGUUCCGGGCUGCUAUCGCAAACUGCCGCUCGGUUAGGACUAAAUACCUACGACAAAGUGGCAGUUAGUCGAACACGCGAAGGACUUUUCUUUUUUAUUAUUAUUAUUUUCGCAGCCGCUAUAGGUCGGCCGAGUCACGGGCGAUAAGCAAAACACAUCCAUCGAACACUUCUCUAUGGUUUCAUGCAUUCCCUAUAUGCUCUGAACAUACGUGAGUCCGCUCCGAACGCUAGUAUGUACCCCUCGGUAAUUUUUCAACGCACCCGUUGUAAUAUCAAGAUGACACGCACAAUUUAGAGCGUAGAGUUUUCCUCUCGAUAUCGCUUGAGAAUAUAUGCCACAUAUGACGCGUGUUCCAUAGUUGUGUGAACUAUCCUUCAAAGAAAUAAGCUCCCUCGAUAAGCGUUUGCUAAGACACCUAUGAUCGGAAAGCAAGUUGUUUACGUGGGCUUUUUCGUAAGCCACGCGAAAGAUAUGUAAGCCCACCCUCGCUAUUCUUUCAUACGACCGAGAUUUCCGUAACGUUUGGACCUCCCGAACACUCGACGGGCGGCUUGACGAAGUUCACGCCGAAGACAUAGUACAGCAAUGGCCAAACAGAAAAACUCAAGGUGUCAAAAGAAAAGAAAAAAAUUUAUUCAAGUGCCUCGCGAAACAGGGGCCUCGAAGUUAUUACAGUCAGUACAAGUUAGCCUGACACCAGAUUCAAUUCGUGCAGCAAUCUCCAUCGCGAAAAUUUAGAGCCAAGGGAGCUUUUUGACUGUUUCUCCUGUUCGCUAAGAAGCUGUGACCCAGGCUGCCGACACGCAAAUUUGUUACAAUACUCUCGCGGAAAGAAGAAGAAAGAAAAAGAAAACGACAAACUAGUGUGCGUUUGAAAUCGAGGGGCAGAAAAUUGCUUCCUGAACACGCAGACGAUUGCAAGCCACAGUUUUGCCGCCCAGCGCGACGUUUUUCAUGCAACAAAUCAGCAGCGCUACAAAACUCUGAGCCUACACGUGAGACACUCUCGCAACGUUCAGCACGGACAGGCUUUAGCUGAGUGAGAGACAGUUAUGUUGCAUAGGUGAAAGACGGCCGAUUGCUCCAAAUGCGCCAACUCGAACUGUUUUCUUUUUUUGUUGUAGUUGAAUCAGCUUAUUGCUUUUUCUCGAUCAGCCAUCAGCAUCUCACUACGUGCUCAUUGCAGGCAGGCGUCAAAUUCAAACUCGAGAAUUGUCCUAGAAAAAGCUGUCCGGCAUCAGAGUGUAGCAUUACGCGUUUGUCGCAGUAAAGAGAAUGAAAAAAAAAAUACGAUCAUAAUACAUAGACGCUAAAGCUGGCCAAGCAAGCACUCUAACGCAAGCAAGUUAACUCGUUCAGAGAUGUAGGAUUUGCUGUGCCUUUUUUGAAUAUAACAAAGUCAUUCCUGCACUGUAAAUAACACGUUUUUAUAGCAGCAGUUUCCCUAAACUUUUUGACUACAGCACCACCAGUCCAUAUAUAAAUAUAUAAAGAUAUAUAUUAUGUAUAGAUUAACUUCUAUAGGAACAGAGACCAUUUGCUCAUUUUAUCACUUCUGCUUCAGCAGACCUAUACUCUCCAGCAAUAUUAUCCUAAGGGUUAGUGACCAGUCCUACGUGCAGUCUCUAGGCACGUACGUCCUGUAGCUUUCUGGCGGCGUCAUUAAUCGCCGCUUUUGCCAGUUUACUCCUGAUCACCACUUCAUUCCCUCCGUGCUACGCACAGCCUCUAAACGCUGAUGUCUAUGGCCAGCCCUCCGCACUGCGGCCUCAAGAAUAGAGAGUUCGCGCGUGCGAGUAGAUCAUAGCCGCUUGUCUGUAUGUAGUCUAGCUACUUUACUUCCCGAGAAAGAACUCGGACGUCCCCAGAAGUCCCCUAGUUCGCCCUUCUGGAUCCCGCCGGCGCUUCACGUAGAGUGCGCAGUUCUAUUGAAACGCGAUACUCAGAGCGCACGGCUGGCGGCACUUUUUGCGCCACUGAAGAACAAUGGGCGAUCGCUGGGAGACUAAAUGCAGUCAUAAUGCGUCACAAAGAUAACUGAUUUCAUUGUGUACCACGAUACCUCGUUGUCCCCAGCAUCCACCGGUAGCGCGAAAGACGGCGGUAGCCACGCUCUCCGAGUGUCGUGUCUCAAUAUAUAGCAAUUAAAUAUGUAAUUUGGCCCGCCACACAUAAAGGUUAUCGAGAGAGAGAGAGAGAGAGAGAGAGAGAGAGAGAGAGAGAGAGAGCCUGAAAUGCAGCUGACACGCUGCGAGUGAAGCCGAGGUGUCAUUUUACCAUGGGAAUUAGAGCAGUUGCGCCCAGCAGCCCGCAGGAGGAGUGUCUCGCCUCACUAUACAGGUUAGUAAAUUGGGCCAUGCAAUUCUUGCUCCAUAUCUCUACCUAUGUGCCACAAGUUUUCCACAAACAAUUGAAUAUCGAGACAAGUUUUAUCGUCUGCAGCGUAAUCCAUAUUUCAACCAGAGUAAGUAGUCUUUCUGAAAACAGCUGCAGUCGUUUCUUUUUAUUAAACUACCGUUCGGCCGAGAAAAAGCACUUGCGCUACGCGCGCCCUCGCACCGGCGGGGCCUUCGUCUAGAUACAACAAUGCGCUUGCCCGCGGCUUCGCAUCUUCACGUAAGCAGCUGCUGGGGCUGCCAUUUCAGGAAUCCUCUCGAUGACCUCGUCGAGCUCGACUGCGAGUACGCGUGUUGCCAAGCUGCAGAUCGACCCAACCGACACGCGCGAGCGCUGCUUUCGCGGCCUCGUGUUCAAUAUUCAGAGAGCAACAGAAGUCGCGAACCUGGUGCACAGUUCACAAAGCUUUUCGUUCGUAAGAACUGUUUGUCAGAGGACGGUCGCCUUCGCUGAUCCCUACCACAACAUCCUGGCGCAUCUGCUUACCGACCACACUAUAGCGUAUGCGAAUUGUUUCUUGAAUACGGGCCCUGAUGCGGGGCUGACCAAGGCCGCGCGCGUCUGAGCCGCAACAAGAAGUCGGCUGGCUUGAGCACCCGCAAUUCAGCCUUCAGACUCACGCGACGGACGUCAUAAUUUCCUGUCAACCCAUUUGAAGCGGCCGUUUCAAAUUUAAGGUAGAUCAAUCAACGGCAGCAGAACGCACUUGAAAGUUGUCACGCGCAAGACGGUAACCAGAGUCCUUCAAUACUUCCGCUCUAACUAUACUGACAUAACUAAUAAAGCAAACCGCAGCUGUACUGAAUCUGGCGGCACUGCGACUUAAUGAUCUCCGAUGACUGCGCAGAUUUUUUUUUUUUUCGAGCUUUGCGUUACGAAAAAAAAAGGCAGCAAUUAAACCGCGAGAGCGUCCGCGCGUGUCUAAAGGGUCGAAAAAACAAGGGGAGAUGCCGUCGACGGGCCAUCGCAAACUGAAGCGAGGGUCUUGCAGUACUCCUUUAGACAUCGUCUUCUCACUGCUGUCACUUUUAAGCUCGGGUACUAAAUGUGAUAUACAUUUUCCAGUGCGUUAGCCCCCGAUUCGAGGCGCUAAUUGUGAUUAAAACACCGCGUUCGUGUUUAUUCAGCUUCUGCAGAGCUCUGCGCUUGUGCUCGCGCGGGCUGUGAAUUGUACCUAGUGUUCAACCCCGUGAGCUGACCUCUUGACUCGUGUAACGUCAUCGUGAGCAGGCACACGGAAACAUGCAUCACCCUUUCAUUUCUAAUGCUCUCAAUAAUGAGAGUAUCUGGUGCUUCCGUUUCUCAUUAGUUUAGGCUACCAGUGUACAAGGUUCUGCGGCACAGUGAUCAAUUUCGACGCGACGAAGUCUAAAGGUUGCUAUAGUCACUGUUCGCCGCCUAUGUUACAAGGCGCGUCCAUGAUCACCUGAACGACUAGCCAGGUGGAAUUUUGUACAAAGUGUUUUCUUUGCCGUACUGCAUCAGGUGGUUAAUAACGCACAGCGAAAUUUGCGUUUUUGCCUUACGUACUCUAUUCGCUUAUAGCCACAGCAUCAAUGUUAAAAAAAAAAAGAUAACCAUGGAGCAUGUACCGUACAUCUCGUCGCUUAAUAAGUGCGGCAGCUUAUCUGUCCAUAUUUUGACGCUGGCCCGUUUAGCACGCGGACAAAGUUUCAUAUUGAUUUAUUUGCCCUUCUAUUAUAUUAUACUUUGGGGCAGUGACUUGUGAGACGUAUUUUUCUUUCCGGCGAAAAGGCUGAGCUAGACGCUUCGAAAUAGCACAUUAUUAGCACAAAAGUGGAGCAUUUUGAUUAACCGCGAUGUCGAGAAAGAAACGUAAGCCUAUAACCUCAUACGGCACCAAUAUCGAAACAUUUUCUGCUCUAUUGAGAUAUGUCUCAAAUACGACUACAAGAGGCAUUACGAUGCAAUUAAGUUAUGCAGAAAACCCGGCAUACGUACGUGCUUACUACGACUUCUGUGGAAUAUGGGCGCACGUUGUUACGUUUUAUUAUCAGUAUUGACAUAUCUUACACCUCAACGCGAACGCCUGUCUCUCGAUCUUCGCGAUUUCUUGUUGCGAACAGAAGAAAUCCCAUGCAUCUGCUCCCCGCAACGGUUUCCAAUGCCAAAAACAAAAAGCUCCUUCACACUAGCGAUACGCCCCCACUUUCCUUGCAUGCAAGAAAACUUUCUUGUUGCGCUACCACUCGCUUUGUUUGACCAAACAUCGUCUGCUGCUUCGACGCAGAAGCAGCUUUUCUUCUUUUUCUAAAUUAGUGCGUAGCGUCUUUUUCACACCCCGUGAGGAGACCUCUUGCAGCCGAGUGCAGGCCGAGCGCUUCCCUGUGCUUCAAGGCAGAUCUUGACGACCUUGCAGUAUAUUUAUGUGUAGAUCUACAAAGAUCAUAGCGCGUAGAAAAUCUUCCUCGGUUUCCUUUCUUUCCUCACUUUUACUUUGAAAGAAAGAAAAGGAAGAAAGAAAAGCUCCUAUAUCUCAGUAACUAGCACGCUACAUAUGUUUAAUAACAUAUACAGUGUAUACAAGCUUCUGCCUUGCGAUGACUCGACGCGAGACGGGACGGCCUUUUGCCGGCAGACAUACAAACGAACAUGAAAAUAAAAAGCGACAGUUUCAGUCAAUAUUUCGUGCUGCAGCAGGUACAGAGACGCACAUCGAAGCGAUAGCACAAUAGCGUCGGUGUCCGACGGUAACCAAACGCAACAAAAGAUCAAACGCAUAAGUUAGCGCAUGACGAAAUGUAUUUUCUCCUAAGAAAGAGUGAGCGGAGAGUGCGGGAGGGAUUGCUAUUUGUUGGCGCAUGACUCUCUGUCCGAAUGCAGGCUGUCAGGCACUGAACUGUCCGGUCUACCCAAAGUGUUUGCUGCAGAUGCGAGAAAAAAAGCAGACGAUACACUAACCAAAGAAGAGGCGCAGUCUGAGAUGCCGCAGCUGAAAGGGUCUACGUACUGCACAGUGUAUAGCUUUAGCUCCAGUGUUGGUGUCUCCUUACCUUAUACUUCAACAAGAACGACAGGCGACAGGCUUCUUCAAACGUGAGGCAAAAGGAUGCUGUUGCACAGUUAAGUGGACAGAUGGUAUGCUAAUCAGGAAGUUGAAGGACGAGUACGAAAACAGCUGGUGGAACUGAACAUUUCUGUAAGAGGUUGUGAGUGUACCUGCUCUUAAAGAGACCCAGGUCAAGGAGUCCAUUCAGCGCUCAGCCCAGCCACAUAUGAGCAUAUCGUCAAAAUACAUCGUCCGCCAAGACGCUGGGGAAGCACCAAAGAAUCGCUCGCGUGUAUGACUCGCGCUAAGCAGCUGCUGCUCAGCGUGCACUAAAUGCGCGUGUAUGUAUUUACUAGUUUGGCACCGAGUGUGUCUUGAAAAGUGUGACUGCGCUUGUGUAGCUUGCGUCGCUUGACCAAACAAAAAACAGCUCGCAAAACCACUGCGCGUUCACUACACUACGGUAGGAUAGGUGCAAUAUAUAUUUUUUCUAUGGUGCUCGAUAUCUCACGGCCGCCCACACACGCAGCGGUCUCUACAUUGUUCUUGUUUUGUUUGUUUUUUUCUUAUUUCCGCUGCCUCGCUGCUGCCGCUGUCCCCCGGUAGCAAGGCCAGUGACAGCACAGAGAAAAGUUCCAACAGCGGCCCACACAUCCCACCGAAGCCGCUUUUCCCGACGCCCGCGUAGGCUGUUUCAGCAACGACACGUGUGUGCGCGCAGCAGCUUCGCUUCCUUGUAUGCGUUUGCCCUCCGGCUGCGCAAAGCGCACACAAUCACUGUAGCGCGUCAAAUUUCGUCCACUCAUAGGCCGACCCCACUUGCACAUAGCGACCGCUCCCAAUCAUGGCCACAUGGGCGCUGCCUGUGCAGCAUAGACAUGCUAAUGUCGAGGCAUCGGUCGACGCUUUCCCGAAUCAUUGCAAAGUGACAGAAUAGGAGCGUGCCUGUCACAGCCGGUUCGAAACGACCUGCCAUGCUUUGGUCACACGGCCAAAAACGACGAGAGGGACCGAGAUUUUCGACACCGCCGCUCGGGCCAGAUCCAGUGCCUCGAGCACAAACAUGCGACUAAAACAGGCUCGUAUUAUGCGUAGCUCAUUUGUCAUGUAAAGGAAAUGCAUGCGAGUGAGAGGCAAUGUCGAGGAAAACAGACAGUUUUCGGCAGCUUUCUCUGCGAGUUAAUCCGCAAGUGAGCACGUUUUUGGAGGCGUCGCGCGAGUACCGCACGUCGCUGUUGGCAACGGAAGAGAGAUUUCUCGAAAGCUAGGACAGCCUCCUCUUCAAUGUUCUCGAUGACAACUGGAUGGCCCUGUUCAUGGCUGACUGCAGAGAGCUAGAGGGGAAGACAGGGAGGCUAACCGGAAAUGUAUACGGUUCGCCACCCUACUCGCAGUAGGGAAAAAAAAUGGGAUGGGAGUAGAAAGUAAAGAGAAGAUAGCAAUAGGGGGACGUUCCACCUAGUUUUGUAACACCGUAGAGCCGGGCCAUAUACGGCAAGCAAAAUGAAAGCGUUCCGCCGUCACGGGUAGGUAUAGCCAUGAGAGGUAAGUAAACAUUGACACCCGUCUAUAAAUGCUAGGCAUUGCGAGUCGGUUGCGUUCCGGUGUUUCCGUAUCGUGAAAAACGAAGAGUGAGAGCUUCCCACUUGCUGCCCUCGUCCUAGAGGGCAGUUCAAGUAAGCACGAUCAAACGGCGCCUGGGCGCGUGCAUGCUUACACCGGUGCUUAUGCGGCGGGUAUCGCAGCCUAUAUAAUAGCGUGCUCGUGGUUUCCUUUAGCCAGUGUGGUGCACCUUACUUGAUGUCUACACAAUCUUAUGUCGGUGCUUGGAACGUUACUGACCGCAUUAUAGUUUUGUAGUAGAGUGCGACGCGAACAGGCAGUUGCUUUUUACUGUCUACGCUAUAUUUACUAUCAAAACGUGACAGCCCUUGGAAGCGUCCCUCUAGCGUGCACAACUGGUUAAGUGGUUGUUGUCCAUGACUAUUAAGGGUUGUGCAGGCACCGUUGCGAACGCUGUCUGAGUGUGUGUGUGUGUUUUCAGUGCUGUAAGAUCUGUGUUUCCCGGACAACAGUUACGCAUCCUUCGCGAAUGUCCAACCCGAAUUGCGCAAACGAGUGUGUUUCGUGCAGAUUCAAAUAAAUGAACAUGGCCAUGCAUAA